CAGGUAGUUCGCGGGAGGUUGUGAUCAUUUAUAUUUUCAGAAGUCUGCCCUUCAUCUGUCUGUUGGUGGCGUUCUUUUACCUAAACAGAGACAAAAAACACGUCACAUCAUCAAGACCAGCAGUUGAGCAUGCUGUUGAGCAAGGACCAGAUGAAGACCUGGAGGCUGGAGAGACACAGAGGAAUGAAACUGAAGAGGUGAAACAGGGUGAGAAUAUUUCAGAACAGGAGAAAGGGAGGGUCAACAACGAGAAACCUGAAGUUACUGUUGCAACAGAAGAAGAAAAACAGACUGCCGUAGUUGUGAGCAUUGAACAAGGUGCAUCUCCAAUGCAUGACAAUGAAAACAAGAGCAUUUCUGUUACGAACACUGAUGAAAAGACACAUCUAAUGACUGUUUCUGUGCUGGCCGACUUAGUUGCAGCUCUGUGAGACACACAGGAAAUGGAGCUAUGGGUGUGCUGUUCAGGUCUAUGAUGUCACUUCCUGCAUGAUAGCUUGUUUGCAGACUCAUUAUGGUUUGCAAUGACUCUUACUGAAUUCUGAAAGUAGAUAAAAAUAAAAUAUGUUAAUGCAUGAACCUUUCUGUGUGAUUGUGUAUAUGGUUGUGCUCAGUGUGUCCGAGGUGACUCGAGUAUGAGAGCAGUGUUGUGGUUUACUCUGGGCUUCGCUGUGAUAAAAUUAGUUGUGUGGGGAGGGGGUGAAAAUCUGAGAGUACGAGUCUCUCGUGCGUGUGAAAGAUUGUGAUCUGGGAGUAAAACAGAGUUCAGAUUCUCUGCAGAUGCUCAGAAAUGAAGUGUUCCUCUAGACUCCUGUGUGGACUCCUCAUGUCAUGCCUUUGUUUCAGAGGUUCAUACGAGGAGCUGACUGUGAUUCAGAGCCCAUCUAGUAUCACUGUGAAUGAAGGACAAUCUGAUCAAAUCAGCUGCUGCUGGAAUAAAACAAAAGAAGAAAACUAUGAUUUUAAAGUAGCUUGGUAUAAGGAUAAUGAAAGAAUACCGGUAGAAAAGCGGCUAAAUCAAACUUCCCCUAUGAAAAACUGCUCCUUUCUGAAAAUCAUAAAUAUAGGUAAAAAUGACACUGGAGAUUAUGUUUGUAAAGUGAUUCAGGACAUACCAGUUCUGCUAGAAUAUGAGGGACAAAAAACAUACCUGAAUGUCAGUAAAGGUGAACACAGGACUGAGGCAACAACUCAAAACAUCAUUGCAGGCAGUGCUAGUACAUCUUCCUACAAAACUCAAAGCAAUGGGACUACCGGCCCCCCUUCAACUCCCAUCCUGCCUCUAUCUCUGGGCCUGGCUGCUGCCAUCGGCCUGCUGACCCUCUGCUUGGCCUUCAGUGUGUGCAAGAUGAGAAACUCCUGUAAAAAAUCAGAGCGAGUGGUCAUUCACCAGACGCCACACAGUGAGGGUGAGGAGCAUGAGAACAUGGAAGAAGAGGAAGGUAGCACAGGCUCCUCUCGAGGAUCCCUACAAUGGGUAAGUCAGAUCCGACCUCAUGAGCAGUCGAAAUACUUGGUACAAGAUGGCAAAAUUGUAUGCGCCGAGUCAUGCAAAAACAAAUACGACCCUAACCUAAGUGUAUCUAUAAGGCCUUACCAUGUUUGUAACAGCAACUAUUUGUUCAACUAAGUUGUUUUCUUGGAUGUUUUGGGGAGACACAUUUUCAUGAAUGUGUUGGUUGGUUUCUAAAUACAUCCACAGCUCCAGAUGUUGGUGUUGACUCUGUUCAGAAUGGAAUACUAGCACGCAUACUGCAAAAUAUGUACGGUGUAUUAUUUUGUGAAAACUAUGUUUUGGUAUCACUUGGUAAUGUUACAUGUUCAGUCAAGUUCAUUUAAUUUCAGUGUCAUUUUCACAGUGGACAUUGUAAGCAGCAUUACAGAAAAAUGGUCUUAAAUUCUUAAGACUAAUUUCUUAGUUAAGUGAUUAGUAUGCAGUUAUAUCAUCUUGGAAAUACAUAGGGUUAUUUUGCAUUUUUAUUGUAACAAAUAAAAACUCUUCACUUUUAGCUAUUGUGUUGUUGAGUAUCAUGGCUGAUAUUUAUAAGUUAAUUUGUCACACUGGACUGAAGUGUGUCACAUUGCAUUGUGUAUCCCACACAGUCCCAGUUGGCACAUGAUUUACAUUUAAUGUUGAAAUGGUUGCAAUAAUGUCAGUUGUAGUUUCAAGAUUGAAAACCCAUUGAAAUAGCAUUUAAUGCGAAAUGGUUAAAAAAAGGUUAUCAAAAUACUUAUAAGUCAGUCUGAAAUUCACUCAUCCGUGUUAAAACAAUGUCGCAAUAUCAACAUUAAUUCAACAAAACUGAACAGUGAUUCAACCUUGAUCCAUGACAUUGGUGCACCUGUGGAUAAACAUUGAAGUGUUCUUUUUUUGUAAUGUUGUAACAUUUUGGGAAAUGUAGUAGGUCAUUUGGGUAUUCAUACAGAAAUUUGCAUACUGCAAAUUACAAAACAGACUCUUUAUGACCCCUGACACAAAUCAACACUAAUGAAUUGCAAUACAGGGGACAAUAAAAUACACCAUCCCAAGUAGAUGCAAGUAGCCAGCUAGAGCCUAAAAACAUGUUUUUAUUCUGAAUUAGAAUCAAUUAAAAAUGGAUUGUUUUGCUUCCCAUGUUAUUGUAUGUCAUAAAGCACAACUUCUGAGCAACAUCUGCAAUUCCACUGUAAGAGCAUGCGACGAGAUCUCACUGAUGCGCUUGUGAGCCUCAUUCUGUAUCAAAUCUGCUCUUUUAUAUCACGUCUCUUUAAAUUCUCAAGGAUUCUGAUUAAAUUAUUCCAUACUGUAUAUUUCAAAUGAUAUGACUGUUUGAUUCUUGCUCUUUUUUUUUCU